CAACAAACACAAAAACGGGUCUUUGAGUUUGUGACAAGGUCAACGAUGAGCUUGAAAAUUUUUGUGCUGUUGCUGCUGUGCUUGUGGGGGCUCCAGGAAGAAGGAGCGCAAGCCUGCAGCUGCUUCCCGAUGCAUCCGCAGCAGUUGUAUUGCCAAACUGAUGUCACCGUGAUCAAGGCGAAGGUGGUUGGAGUGACGCCUGGCGGCCAAAGAAGUCUCACAAAGUAUGACAUCAAACUCAUGAAGACCUUCAAGGGUGCUGAAAAGCUCUUUACUGCCGUUCACACCGGACCCAACUCUGCAGCGUGUGGAGUCACUCUGACCAAGGGUGUUGAAUAUCUACUCACGGGCAGACUGCAGUCUGAUGGAUCUCUGCACAUCCACCUGUGUGACAUCCAUCAGCCGUGGAAGGACUUGAGCAUCAUGCGAAAGCACCUGUUGUACCACUACGGAGAGGGAUGCGAUUGCACGAUCAAGUCCUGCAUCUCCUUCCCGUGCUGCAUGACCAGUCUGACUGAAUGCCUGUGGACAGACUUCCUGCCGGGCAAGUUGGGCAAUCGUGACCAGGCCCAAAACUAUGCUUGCGUCAAGAAAAGCGACGGCUGUUGUGCCUGGGACAGGCCUGCUAUCGAUCAGCCAAAUGGAUACCCAGGCCUGAAAGGCUAAUAAUGAAAAAUUAAAAAAAAAAUCACAUUUUUCUUUUCCUGCAUGGUUAUUAAACACUGGCUGAAUUGUGGACAAA